UUUUUUUUUUCAAUAAUCCUUUGAACUCCUCCUAACAAUUAACCUUUUUUUUUUCUCUUAUUUUUCCUUUUUUUUUCCCUCUUACUCCUAAGUUACUAUGCAAGCUGCUCAAACAGAGUUGGAAUUUAUCAAUCUUUAUUUAGAAAGUCUUUCUUCUAAAUCUGUCAGAUUUGGUGAUGAUUAUUUAUCGCGUAAUCUACCUUCUCCUUUAAGAAUUAAGAGAGUUCCCAGCACUCCAAUUAUUGAAGAAAAUGCUUCUCAACAAGCCAAUAACAAUUUAACACGUUCAAAUGAUUCCAAGUUCCAAGUCACCAUUAAAGUCUUGAAACCUUCAUUACAAUUUACUAUUGGUGGAUUAUCACCAAACACGACUAUAAAUCAAUUAAAACAACGCAUCUAUCAACAACAAAGUUCUUUGCCUAUAGCACGCCAGCGUCUUUUAAUAAAGGGUAAAGUUUUAGCUGACCAAAAGUCACUUGAAGAAUUGGCUGUUAAGCAGGAUACAACCAUUCAUCUCAUGUUAACGGCCGCUCCUGCUCCUACUACAGCUCCCUCUGUCACAGGCCGUUUCGGUGGUAUAUCUGCAGAGGCUGAAGAGAAAUUGAAGAGUCCAGAAUUUUGGACGGCUAUGGAAAAGACAUUGGUUGAGCAAUUAGGUCAAGUAGAUGCAACAUUGAUAUUGAGUAAAGUUAAAUCUACUUUGUCUGCAUAAAUAAAAGAAAAGAAAAGAAAAGAAAAAGAAAAGUAUUUGUAUUUGAUAUUUCCGAAACUUUCAUUUAUUUAUUUGUUUC